AUGGCAGUUUGUGUUCAAGCAGUCUUUGCUGCGAUGGUGCUCGUGACAGCCCAUCUACCAUUAUGUACGGCGCAGGAAGUGUACGUGACGGUGCAGCAGGGCAGGCUGAGAGGCGCCGUGGAGACGAGCGCGCUGGGCCUACCGUACGCCAGCUUCAGGGGCGUGCCCUACGCACAGCCACCCGUCGGGGAACUCCGCUUCCAGGCACCGCAACCCCCGGCCAACUGGGAUGGUGACCGCGAUGCCUUGGAGGACCCUGACCCCUGCCCACAGGUAGGGAUGUCUGGAGGGUUUCAAGGCAAUGAAGACUGCCUAUACGUCAACAUAUACGUGCCUCUCAAUGCUUCGGGCCCUUUCCCGGUGCUCACGUGGUUUCCUGUAGGCGCCUUCAAAAGUGGGUCUGCGGCAGACACAGGUCCAGACAUAUUCCUGUCACUAGACAUCAUUGUAGUCGCUGUCCAGCCUCGAGUCAGUGCCAUGGGCUUGCUGAGCACUGGUGACGAGGUGAUCCCUGGGAAUGCCGGCAUGAAGGACAUGGUGAUGUCCCUGCAGUGGAUACAACAGAAUAUCGCUGCCUUCGGUGGGGAUCCUAACCAGGUGACCAUCGGUGGUGAGAGCUCUGGAGGCUGCUCUGUCUCGCACCUGGUACUGUCACCUCUCACUGCAGGCCUCUUCCGUGGUGCCAUAAUCCAUAGUGGAGAGGCAGCCAGCCCAUGGGGAAUAAUGGCCGACCCUGCGGCCAAGGCGUUCCGUCUGGCAGAGGUCCUGGGUUUUACUGCGAACAACACUCAGGAGCUGCGAGACUUCCUCCUGACGGUUGACCCACAGGAUCUCGUAUCUCACGAUGACGACAUCAUCACUCCAGAGGUAACUCCAGCAGAUUUGUACAAUAAGCAGCCGUAUCGACCACUACGAGGACUAUUAUCCAGCUAUAUGAAGGUGCCAGACAACCCCUUAAAGAACAUGAUGGACUAUAUACUCAGCCUACUAAUUCUGCCGUUGCCGCCUUUGCAGGAGGAGAUCCGCAUCCAGCACCUUGCCUGGCUCCCCGUGCUUGAACAGGACGUGGAAGGCGCCUUCGUUACCGAGUGGCCGGCCGAAAGCCUGAAGGCAGGUCGUUUCAACAAGGUCCCCGUCAUCACGGGCUUCACGUCCGGGGACGGGCUCGAGCUGAUUCGACAGAAGCUGUACCUCUCUGACCCGGCAGCAGUGCAGGAGCUCAGCGACAACUUCGUGCAGAUAGUGUCUCCAAUCCUGCACCUGCCGACGGCCGAAGAGCGCGAGGAGGCGGCACUGAUGAUGCGAGACUUUUACUUUGGCCAUGAGAACAUCACCAUCGACGAUGCUCAAGCCAUCACCGAUAUGUGUACCGACAUAUACUGGGGCGAGCCAGCUGACGCCACCGUGAGGGCGGCAUCCAACCAUACCGACGCUGGGCCUAUCUACUACCACCUGUUCGAUUACCGAGGACCGGAGCUUGGCAACGGCACAUAUGGUACAAGCCACGCCUCGCAGGGCUUCAUGAUGUUCUACAACGAGCGUAUGGGCCUGCCAGAUCCCAAUACGACGUUUGGUCAGUUGAGACUGGCCAUGAUACGGCUGUGGAGCAACUUCAUUAAAUACGGAACACCAUCUCCAGAGGGUGAGGAGUUCAUCUGGGAGCCUUUCGACAACACAAAUCUUUAUUAUGCGCACAUCACAGACACCGUCAAUCUGGAGCAAGCCUUGUUCAAGGAACGCAUGGAAUUCUGGCAACAGAAUAUCCCCCUCUGA